UUAUAUGUCAUCUCCUCAACACUCCGUUCGAUCAUUCGACUCCCCAGAACCAGAAAAGGAGCUGUUAAACAAUGGCAACGAUAGCUAAUCUCAACCUCCCAACUCCAAGAGCGCUAGCUCGGACACCAGACUAUGCCAAGGCUCAAUCCUUCAGGAGUCCACGUAUUCUUAACCAGCCAUGGAAGAGGUGGCAAGUCGGACCGGGUCGAAUUCAGAUGCGACCCGUGAAGGCAGCCCCGGAAGGGAUAUCAGAGAAAGUGGAGAAAAGCAUUAAGGAAGCGGAGGAGGCGUGCGCUGACAACCCGGUAAGCGGUGAGUGUGUGGCGGCAUGGGACGAGGUGGAAGAGCUGAGCGCGGCGGCGAGUCAUGCCAGGGACAAAAAGAAGGGGUCCGACCCGUUGGAGGAGUUCUGUAAGGAGAACCCGGAGACUGAGGAGUGUCGCACCUACGAGGACUAAUAGUUUCUUCACGCCCUGUUCCAGUUAUGUGUGUAUCGGUAAACGUCUACUUCCUUAAAGAUAGCAGUCGAUAGGAAAGUGUAGAUCAGAAUUGAAACUAUUUUCAUGUGUAAUAUUUCUUCGAUAUAUGAUUGACUACACAAAACUAUCAAAUAGAAAAUCUCAGUAAGAUUGAUAUUACCGUA